GGGAGGCGAGCAGAGGGGGAAGUACUCCUUCGACUUCUUUCAAGUUCUUGUCCCUCAGCCCCUGAGGGGGAUAGUGGCAUUCUGGGAGAAUGUCACUGCAGAGUCAGUGUGUAGCAGUUUGUACUCUUAACAGAAGCAGCUGUAGAAGUCCAUUAAAAGAGACUUUGCAGAAGAUGAAGGUUUGCUGAACAGAUGGAACGGGAGAAUGCUCUUUGUAUUCAUGACAAAAUUAUGGGCAGACUGUUUGCUGAUGGAGCAAUGCUGGGGUGAAAAAAACACUGCUGGAGGCUCAUUCUGAAAUGGGGAGCACUGAAAUUCUGGAUAAGGAGACCCCAGAAAGUCUCAGUAAUGGUACCAGCAGCAAUGUAGAAGCAGCCAAAAGGUUGGCCAAACGUCUUUAUCAACUAGACAGAUUCAAAAGAUCGGAUGUUGCAAAGCACCUGGGCAAAAACAAUGAAUUUAGCAAAUUAGUCGCUGAAGAAUAUCUGAAGUUUUUUGAUUUUACAGGAAUGACGCUGGAUCAGUCACUCAGGUAUUUCUUUAAAGCAUUUUCUCUUGUGGGAGAAACUCAAGAACGAGAGAGAGUUUUAGUACACUUCUCCAAUAGAUAUUUUUAUUGUAACCCAGAUACCAUUGCUUCACAAGAUGGAGUCCAUUGCCUCACCUGUGCAAUGAUGCUUCUUAACACAGAUCUCCACGGCCAUAAUAUUGGAAAGAAGAUGACCUGCCAAGAGUUCAUUGCAAACCUCCAAGGGGUAAAUGAGGGUGUUGAUUUCUCCAAGGAUCUACUGAAAGCUCUGUAUAACUCAAUCAAGAAUGAGAAGCUUGAAUGGGCAGUAGAUGAUGAAGAGAAAAAAAAAUCUCCAUCAGAAGGUACUGAUGAGAAGGCUAAUGGAACACAUCCAAAGACCAUCAGUCGUAUUGGGAGUACUACCAACCCAUUCUUGGACAUUCCUCACGACCCAAAUGCUGCUGUGUACAAAAGUGGAUUCUUGGCUCGGAAAAUCCAUGCAGAUAUGGAUGGAAAAAAGACUCCAAGAGGAAAACGAGGAUGGAAAACCUUUUAUGCUGUACUGAAGGGAACAGUCCUUUACUUGCAAAAGGAUGAAUAUAAGCCAGAAAAGGCCCUGUCUGAGGAGGAUCUGAAAAACGCCGUGAGUGUGCACCACGCGCUGGCGUCCAGGGCCACAGACUACGAGAAGAAACCGAACGUGCUUAAACUUAAAACUGCUGAUUGGAGGGUCUUGCUUUUUCAAGCCCAGAGUCCAGAGGAAAUGCAAGGGUGGAUAAACAAAAUUAAUUGUGUUGCAGCUGUGUUUUCUGCACCACCAUUUCCAGCAGCCAUUGGGUCUCAGAAGAGGUUCAGCCGCCCACUGCUGCCGGCCACUACAACAAAAUUGUCCCAGGAGGAACAGCUGAAAUCUCAUGAAAGCAAGCUGAAGCAGAUUACCACCGAGCUGGCCGAGCAUCGCUCAUAUCCCCCGGACAAGAAGGUCAAAGCCAAGGAGAUAGAUGAAUACAAACUGAAAGAUCACUAUCUGGAGUUUGAGAAAACCCGUUAUGAAGUAUACGUCAGCAUCCUGAAAGAGGGAGGCAGGGAGCUCCUGAGCAACAGUGACAGUGAGGCCACAGGACUGAAGAAGUCGCAUUCGAGUCCUUCGCUGAACCCAGACUCAUCUCCCGUCACUGCCAAGGUCAAGCGUAACGUGUCCGAGAGGAAAGAUCACCGACCUGAAACACCAAGCAUUAAGCAAAAAGUUACUUAGAAUCCACCUGGGACCAGGAAGUGCUGGUCAUGGAGAAAAUAGAGUUUUUCAAGAUCUUUCUGGUAAAUCCAUGAAUAUAUUUAAAACAAAAAGUCUGUGACUAAAUGGUGCAUUAGUAACCUUUUCUAUUGUAUAUUUUUGUUAGUUUCUGUACAGAUUGUCUCUUUGCUCUUGAUUUCUUUGCUUUGAUGAUUUUUGCUACUUGAUAACUAAUGCACCUUUUUUGUGAGGGGGAGGGGAUCCUGAUUUCAGAAUGAAUUCUGUAUCACUUCUCCUUUGGUUUU